GGGAGAAGGGAGCCCAGGCGGAAGUCGAGGGGCCCCUCAGGUGGAAGUGACGCUGACCCCGCUGCCCAAAAUGUCGGCGCCCAGAGGGAGGUAGAGAGCCCCAAACCGCCAGCGGACCUGCCACCAUGGACGAGUCCUCGCUGCCUGUGGCUCCUGCCGCUCUUGUCGCUCCGGGGCCAGCACCGUCUGCCACCACUCCUCGGGUCCCAUUUCACUGCAGCGAAUGUGGCAAGAGCUUCCGUUACCGAUCGGACCUGCGGCGCCACUUUGCUCGGCACACAGCGCUCAAGCCCCACGCUUGUCCUCGCUGUGGCAAGGGCUUCAAGCACAGCUUCAACCUGGCUAACCACCUGCGCUCACACACCGGCGAGCGGCCCUACCGAUGCUCCGCCUGCCCUAAGGGAUUCCGAGACUCAACUGGUCUGCUGCACCACCAGGUCGUCCACACUGGUGAGAAACCCUACUGCUGUUUGGUCUGCGAGCUCCGGUUCUCCUCACGCUCCAGCCUGGGCCGCCACCUCAAGCGGCAGCACCGGGGAGUCCUUCCCUCUCCCCUGCAGCCAAGCCCGGGCCUGCCUCCCCUGAACCCCCCCUGCUCAGUUUGUUGCAACGUGGGUCCCUGUUCGGUUUGUGGAGGUGGAGGGGCCGGCGGAGGAGAGGGCCUGGAGGGAGCAGGAGCCACCAGCUGGGGACUGGCAGAGGCAGCAGCUGCUGCAGCCGCCUCCCUGCCCCCGUUUGCGUGUGGCGCCUGUGCCCGGCGCUUUGACCACGGCCGGGAGCUGGCUGCCCACUGGGCUGCGCACACUGAUGUUAAGCCAUUCAAGUGCCCACGCUGCGAGCGCGACUUCAAUGCGCCCGCCCUGCUAGAACGCCACAAGCUUACUCACGACCUGCAGGGGAGCAGUGCACCCCAGACGCAGGCCUGGGCCUCCAGCGGGGGCCCAGAGAUGCCAGGAGAUGGCGACACAGUGGAGGUGGGGGAUGCCCCGCCCGCCUGGGACGCCGGGCUGCUCCUGAGCCCCACCGGGGCAAGCAUGCCCAAGCUGGAGGCAUUGCUCCCCGAGGGCGAGGGUGGGGGGAAUGCCCGGGCUCCGGCUGCGGCAGCAGAGGCGUCCUCGGAAGACACACUGUACCAGUGCGACUGCGGGACCUUCUUCGCUUCUGCCCCGGCCUUGGCCAGCCACCUAGAAGCUCACUCUGGCCCAGCCACCUAUGGCUGCGGGCAUUGCGGGGCGUUGUAUGCGGCGCUGGCCGCCCUGGAGGAGCAUCGGCGUGCCAGCCACGGUGAGGGCAGCGGGGAGGCAGCCCCUGAUGGUGAGGGCGAGCAGGCGGUUGGAGGGCCAGGGCCGGGCUCCUCCAGCCGUGGCAAGAAAAUCUUCGGCUGUUCCGAGUGCGAGAAGCUGUUUCGUUCGCCUCGCGACCUGGAACGGCAUGUGCUGGUCCACACAGGGGAGAAGCCGUUCCCGUGCCUGGAGUGUGGCAAGUUUUUCCGCCACGAGUGCUACCUCAAGCGCCACCGGCUGCUGCAUGGCACAGAGCGGCCCUUCCCCUGCCACAUCUGCGGCAAGGGCUUCAUCACGCUGAGCAACCUCUCUAGGCACCUGAAGCUGCACAGGGGCAUGGACUGAAUAGCCAGGCCACCCCGGCCCUCCAGAUCCAGAGCAGAAGAUGAGGCCCUUGCCUGGAAAAAUGGUGCCACCCAGAACCCACACAGGACCACAGCGAAGCAUCCUUCAGCAAAGGGGUCCGAGAACAUAAUUUGGGGGACUGAAGUCUACAGAGAAACUCUUGACCUUGAGACCCCUGGAAUGUAGGCAUGCUCAAAUCAAUUGGCCUCCGAGGCUGGAGACCUAGGAAUGAAAAAACGGGUCUCCACUAACACCUCUCGGCAGGUAACAUGUGGGCACCUCCACAGUCCUACCGCCUACUCCCUGAGAGCCAUCAUUCCCAACGACCUCAUCUGGGGGGGUUAGGGGGGCAACAUCCUGGAAUCUUCAGGAUCCCUUCCAGAUGAUACCUGUCAGCCACUGGGGGCCCCAGGAAAUGAAUAUAGCCAGAAUCUGCCUUUCCCCCAUUUUACUUCCUAUGCUGAAAGAGGACCAGGGUAGAUGCCCCCACCUUCAAUUAGCCUAGGUCUCCCGUCCUGCAGAAUGGUCUGACCCUACUGAUCGUCCCCCAACCUGAACACUAGAUUAGGCUGGCCCAAAGCCUCCCUCCCUGCCCUGUAGGUUGGACUGACCCAGACACACAUGCUCCUGUGCACUUAGAACAGGCUGGUGCAGGUCGUGGCCUGGCUCCACUCUCCUUAGAGUAGUAUGCUGUAGAGCUCAGCCCUCCACGCUUGUCCCAGUCCCGUGACCUGGUGGCGGUGGCGGACAUUGGGGCUUCCCUCCCCCUCAACUACAGUACCUGUCGGUCUUGCCAUUGCUACCACCUUGUGUUCGAACCCCGAGAGGAAGGGGGGCUUGGCUAGGGGUCUCUCUCCCCACCCCCUGGUCUCCCCAAUAUCUCUGGGACUCCAAUAAACCUCAUUCUGUCAGUC